UGGCGAUUUGAGCAACAGCUCCGUGACAUCAAAGGAAGGAUGCAAGACAGGCCGGCGGACAACGGGGCUCCCGCUCCACCGAGAGGCUCGUCGUUUUUUAUAGAGAAUCUGCUGAGCAAGGGGUGGGAGAAACGGGGCUCGGUAUCGGCCGAAGCCGAGGAGAAAACCGCACACGACACCGACAAGAGCCCCUCGGCUUUGGACUGCUGUAGCGGCACGUCCCGCUGCUCGUACAGAGACUUUUCGAUGCAGUGCACCCGUGAUGGGACUGUGGUGAACAUGGGGGCUUUUGAAACACCACACAGCCCGACAUCAGGUGACCCCAGCUGCACACUAUCGACCAGCGACAGAAACUCCCCCGCCGUUUCCGAACCGAUAACUGAGAGCAGCGACGAAAUCGACCAAAAGACGGCCGACGGCAGCCUCACGGACGAGAACGAGGAGGCGUCACGCGGGUUGGACGCACGGCGCGAGCGGGACUCAGCGUCCGGGUUGUGCUCCGGUCGGAAGAAGAAGACCCGCACCGUGUUUAGCCGCAGCCAGGUGUUCCAGCUGGAAUCCAUGUUUGACCUGAAGCGGUACCUGAGUAGCUCUGAGAGAGCGAGUCUGGCCGCGUCCCUGCACCUGACGGAGACUCAGGUGAAAAUCUGGUUUCAGAACCGGAGGAACAAGUGGAAAAGGCAGCUGGCGGCAGAUCUGGAGGCCACGCAAAUCCCGAACUCAACUCAGCGGGUUUUCAGAGUGCCGAUUUUGUAUCACGAGAGGCAAACUUCCACUGGAGUUUUUGGUUUCAGCUUGAACGGACUUCCAGUUUCCCCCUCCUGGUCCAUCAACCGUCCUCUGUCGCCGUUUGCCCACUCCGUGAAUAUGUUAAGCUCGCAGAUGACCGGCUUGGUGUAGAAACUC